AUGAAUGAACCUUUAUACCCUACAAAUACGUUUCAACGGAGCCUCUUCCUUCUAUCUGCCGCAUGCUGCUUAGUCAGCAUAUCUUCCUUUACAAAUCUGAUACCACCACAACAGCAGAAUAAUGGGAAGGCGAAGGGAUCAUCCGCAUUGGAAAUGUCCUCUGAAUUUGGGCAAGACGAUCAAGCCGCCGAAGCCAUUCGAUCCCUAUGCGACUUUCAUGAAGGGCAAUGGGAAGGGACUGCGACAUCCUUUUCAAUAACACCAGAUGUUGCCGCUGGAAUUGUCAAACGAGAAACUUCCCCAAAAUUCAAAGUUGGGGUCAAGUUGGGAUUAGACGAAAAUCGACAGCUUUCCUUGACGGAAACCUUUGAAUGGAAUGACGACAAUUUCUCUUCUAGAUUGCUUCUUUUGAACGAUUGCAAUAUGGAUGUUGAUUCUGUUGAUGCUUCCUAUUCAUUGGAUUCCUCAUUGCCUGACUUUCCCGCAAGAAUUGCAGGUACGGACAAGUUGAUUCAAUUUGGCAUUGAACACUGCAUAGCAGCUUCCAACGAUCGCCGAACGAAGUGCUUUGCCUUUUAUGGACUCGAUCAAAGUUUGCAGCGAAUUGUGGUAACUGAUGAAAAUCGAAUAAAGGACUCGGCACCGCCUCCUCCUGCACCGAGCAAAGGAGCACCACCAAACGACCAACUCACGGCACGAGACUUGUUGGAAAUGGAAAGCGACAUUGAUAGACUUGUGGAGAAGAUAACCGGAAAUAUGGAAAACAAGCCAUCAUCGUCAUCCCCAACGCCUGUUCCAUCCUCGCCACUAGAGCAACUAGGGAACAGCAUGUCAUCGAAAGACGACGGCUCGAAACCCCUCGCUUCUCAUGACAUUUCCCUUUUGGAACUAUCUUCGGGUGUCUGGCUAGGCGACGCCAUAAUUCGAGACCAACCAACAGUUCCCGAGUCACCAGGCGGCAGAGGCAGAGGAUUUGGAUCAUCAGGAGCAACCCCAACAUCGGACAGUACCAAAGCAGCCUUUGGGUCAUGGGAAGUGGGCGUCCAGAAGAUUGCUUGGAGAUGGAUGUGGAACUUUGGAGAGGAGAUCCGACAAGUCGUUGACAAUGGUAAAGCCAUGGGAGCAAGCUUGGCCAAGACAAUGACGAAGUCCUUGGGAGGAAAUGUCUGUGUCAAUGAGGGUCUCUCCCGACGAAUCCCCAAAGAUCAACGCAUGGUAUACAUUGAUUGGAGCGGAGACAUGGUUGGGUUCCUUUCUGGCCCCGUUUCAAUACAGGUUCCAAGGUACUUGAACUUCGAUAAGGAGGCCACGAAGGAUUUGAACAAGCCUUUCUUCACAGAGUUCUGUCUGUACCAAAGUGAAGACGACGCUCCUGUCGAGAUUGGCGAAUUGGAUGAGGCAAAACUACCAGAAGUCUGCUGUUCCAAGCUUUCGCGUGUUUACAACUAUGCUGGUCAGUUGAAGCAGGGUAUUAGCUCAUUCUAUACGUUCAAGAGAUUUGGAAUGGAGGAAGACAAUUAG